GUAUCUCAGGGUCCUGUUGAACCGGAGCAGCACUUUGUAACCUCCAAGGUCCUACUAACCUGCCUGCCUAGCCUUGCUGUUGUGUGGUAGGUGGUGCAGGCAUUUUAUUCAAUAAAGAGAGGAUUCCUUUCUCCCUUCCCACCCGACUUUCUCUUCGUCUCCCAUUCUCCCUCCCCCACACUUUAUCCCCGAUUGCCCUGUCGCUCGCUCCAGGAACUGGCCUCACUACCAGACCUUGACGACCGAGAUGGAAGUCUUCCUCAGUGGCCUCCCCAUUGAGCCGCUGACAGCCAAAACGCUCGAAGAACAGCUAACACCCCUCAUUUCGGAACUUGGCAUCGGCAAGCAUGACUUCGAGUGCGACAAAGGCGUCAGAAAUAAGUAUGCUCAUCUUACCUUCCGCAAUGCUGAACACGCCCAACUGUUCCUUAGCCAUUAUGGCCAAGUUCCCGAAUCAAGUACAAACAGGAUUCAUAGUCUAUCGCAAGGGCGGAUGCCAUCAUCACAAACACUGUUUGGUCGCAGUUCUACCCCAAGAUUUCGUCCCCGUUUGAGUCUGCUCGGUAAGCUUAUCUGGUGCAAGAAAAGCGAUCGUGCCGUGAAUCCUAUCACUCUCCGUGGCAUGGAAGAGUCUCGUAGGAGACACCAAGAAAAAGAAAACAAAGCCAAGACAGGCCACAGAGACCAAGACAAGCAUGAGCAUGGUGUUGAUUUUGAUGUGAUUGGCAUCGCCUGUGGUCAUUAUGCCUUCGUCAGUCAGCAGCUUACCUACUUUCCGGAGAGGGAGUGGCCCUGGAUGUGCAGAGCCAGCUUCACAAGGCUGAACCUUCACGUCAGGAGAAACGAUGGCAGGAUCAGAAUGCGCAUUCCCUUGUCCACGAUCCGUGAGAUCGUAUGGUAUACACAGAACGACAGGCUGGGAACCCUGACACUGACGCUUGACUCUGUACCGUGGUUUCUUACAGAGGAGUGUACCAUGGAAGAUUUGAUGGCUCGCAUCGGUAUUGGCUCGGGCAAAAUUAGGGAGGAUCAACAAAAUCGUAUGCAAGCCAUCGAUGACCAGCACGCUGAAAUCGUCGGAACGUGCCUCAUCUACCAUUUCAACAUCUUCUCGCACAGCAUCAGCCGUGAUAUCAAGAUGCUCGAACGCAAAAACUUCACCAACAUCACUCAUUACAAUCUGGACAUCUGCAAGAAGCCACACCCAACUCUUGGAUCCUUCAUGGAAAAAGCUUCGCAGCUGAGGAAAGAGCUCAAAGCAGCAACGUCUGCUUCUAUCAACAGCGGCAAAAGCCUACCACACAGCCAUCUCUUUGUUCUCCAGGCCUUGUUUUACAACGGCUACUUGCACCCGGCUACAGUCCUCGAGAUUCUCAAUCAGCUUUGUCAACGCUACUAUGAAGACAAGCUAUCAGGGCGCACCUUUAUUGCUCCAGAAGCCGUCAAAAGCCUCAUGGAUGCAGAAUGCAUUCCCUGGCCCAGCCCGCAUGAGAAUCCGGAAUACUUCGAGGCCUCUUCUCUCAUGGAAUGGAUUUAUGGGAAGAAUGAUGAAAUUCAGGGAGGAUUCGAUCUAAGAACAGGCCAGCUUCGACAGAACAGUAAUCUCACUCACAUCUACCGAGUGGUUGUCACACCUACGAGAAUCACCCUGCAUGGGCCCGAGAUUGAGAACAAAAACCGUGUCUUGCGAAAGUAUCCGAAACAUCAGGAUUGUUUUGUUCGAGUUCAGUUUUGCGACGAAAACACACAGGACAUACGAUUUAGCCCUAAAAUCUCGUACGAUCGGGUCUACUUGAGAUUCUUCGAUGUACUCAAUCGUGGCAUUCAGAUCGCUGGACGAGUUUACAACUUCCUUGGGUUCUCCCACUCGUCGCUGCGAACGCAUUCUGCAUGGUUCAGUGCGCCAUUCUUUGAUCAAGGUAGUCAACACACUCAUACCUCUAUCAUCAAGAGCCUUGGAGAGUUCUCAUAUAUUCGAUGUCCUGCAAAAUGCGCUGCUAGAAUUGGACAGGCUUUCUCUGAGACCCCAUCAGUCGUCGACCUACGGGAUCAUGGCGUGGAGGUCGUGACACACUUUCCAGAUAUCACGAACCGCGACGGAUCGCGCGUUUUCAGUGAUGGCGUGGGGAAGAUCUCAGAGAGUAUGAUGCACAUCAUUUGGGAAAACAUUCCAAUGAAGAAGAACACACCAACCUGCUUCCAGGUCAGAUGGGGCGGCGCCAAAGGCAUGCUGGCUCUUGACAUGACCCUGAAAGGUACGAAAAUCUGCUUCAGAGAUAGCAUGACCAAAUUCGAAAGCGAAGACGUGCACCAGCUCGAGAUCUGCGACUCGGGAUCUAAGCCCAUUCCUCUGGUGUUGAACCGCCAAAUGAUCAAGAUCCUCGAGGACAUGGGUACCGACCUGUCAUGGUUCAUGAAGCUGCAGAGUUACCGCCUCCAGGAGAUUCGCUCCAUCACGGCAAGCGCAUACAACACCUGGCACUUUCUUGAUGCUCAGAACGUCGGUCAGGCGAUCAAGCUUGGCAAGUUUAUCAAUUUUGCAGACAAGCACGGCAUGGACUAUCGGACCGAUGACUUCAUGCGAAGCGUGGUCGAGGCAGUUGUCCUUCGUGAGCUGCGUCUGCUGAAGCAUAAAGCACGUAUCCCCGUCAAAGACGGGAAGACACUAUUCGGAAUAAUCGAUGAGACUGGUUACCUGCAAGAAGGCGAAGUGGUCGUUUCCUUCGGCUUCUCCCAAAACGGAGAAGAUCAGCCGACACCACCUCGAGACGGCCAGACUAUUAUAGUCACUCGAUCUCCUGCGCUUCACCCCGGAGAUAUCCAGAUUGCCAGGCAGGUGGUCCCACCUCCGAGCCACCCACUGUCGCAUCACAUCAACUGCAUUAUAUUCAGUCAGCAUGGACAGAGAGAUCUCCCAAGUCAGUUGAGCGGUGGUGACCUGGACGGCGACAUAUAUAACGUCAUCUGGGACGAGGGCGCCAUGCCGAAACGAACAUUUGACCCAGCGGACUAUCCUCGGGUUGAGGCUCUGGACAUUGGCAGAAGGGUGGAAUCUGCCGAUAUGGCUCAAUUCUUCAUCGACUUUAUGAAAACGGAUCAUCUUGGCGUCAUUGCAACGCGCCACGUCAUUCUGGCAGAUCAGUUGAACGACGGAACUCUUUCGCAAGAGUGCCUGACAUUGGCUGGACUUCACUCCACUGCAGUUGACUUUUCCAAGAGUGGCAUACCAGUCGAGCUCAAAGUGCUGCCGCGGGCAAACAAGUACCGCCCAGACUUUCUAUCCCCUGGACCGAUCGCCAAGUACCAUGAUAAAGGCAAAAUCACUCUUGAGGACUAUACUGUUUCUGAACAAGGCGAAGAAGAGGAAGAGGGCGACGGGCCCCGCUACGAUUACUAUCGAUCGGAGAAAGUGCUGGGUCGGCUCUAUCGUGAGAUUGACGAGGAGAAGAUCUGGGACGAAAAUAUACGGGUCACCGUUGACCGCAACAAGCCUUCAUUCUGGGAAACCUUCAUAGAUUGGGCAAUCAAAGCUGCGGCGGCGGUUGGCGCUGUCUCCUGGCCCGUUCGUAUUGACUCGGCAAGGCGGCUCAAGAGUGCCUAUGACGACCAUGUCAGGGGCCACAUGUCGAAAUACUCAGACCACCCAGUCAACCCGAUAUCUGAGCGCGAGGUUUUCAUCGGGGCCAUUCUCAACAAGACCGGCAUACAGACACAUCGGCAGCGAGAUGCAUCCCACAAGUUGCGCGACGAGUUUGAACGCACCGCCAACCACUUUGCCCGCCAGAUGCGCAUGAUCAACGAAGGACCCGAUGCCGUUCCUUUGACUGGAUAUAUGGCCGAGCUGGGACCAUCUGCAGCGCUGGAUCUCUGUCUUGCCUGUGUGUGCGUUGCUUCGGAGCACGAUGUCCCGUUCAUUGCCUCGCGUCUUGGGAUCUCCAAAAGUUCAAGCCGACGAGCAGCUGGCAGAAGUGGCAAGAAGGAUGGCGAGAAUAGCGAGUUGCAGAGCUUCCGCCUUGUAGCGGCGACGCAGUUCCUGCGGGAACUGCGCGUAAAGGAGCGAGAGCUAGGUGUGGGCGAGGCUGGCGGUCAGGGAGGCGGUGGCUUCGUUGGCGUCUCUGCCUACGCGUAACAUGUCUCUUUUUACAUCUUGAGCAUCAACAAUGAUAAUAAAAUUUUCUUAUGAGGAUCAAAAUGAUUCUUAACUGCCUAGGUAGGUACUACAAAUUGGCUUGUUAGCAAAUACGGAUAGGGCCGGCUUGGCAGGUAGUUAAUUCUAAUGUAUGGUAGCUGUGCAAGGGCAUGAGCAUGUUCUGGUCACAGUAAUUCGGCGGCAAGCAGUGCCCAGAAGACGUAGUCAAGGGGGGAAGGUAUGUUGCUACGAAUCUUUCAGGAAGAAGUAGCUGGGAUAAAGGCCUCUACGCUACCAGUAUUGACAAAGGACACACUUUUUUGUUUUUGUUUUUAUUACUUUGAAUCCCGAGUGGAAUUCUUCAACAGGGAGCCCAGAGCAUAAUCAAAAUCGAGUUAC